AUGUCGGUUACGUUGAUACACAGUUACCUCGUCCGAGACUACUUUGCUGUUCCGUUUCUUACACCACAAGGAAUUGGUUACCACCACUUUUGUCGUAACUCCUUCUUACAUGUUCCUCAAAGAGUUGUUCCUCUCUUGGGCUUGAAGAAACGUUCACAAAAACCUUACUUCAAACCUUCUACUACUACUACUGAAAAGCCACAAUCUAACCCUAAUCCUGUUCAUGAUGAGAAGCCUGUUCAUCAAGCUAAAGCACCACCACCGACUCAUCAAGAAGCACCACCGACGACUCAUCAAGAAGCACCACCGACGACUCAUCAAGAAGCACCACCGACGACUCAUCAAGAAGCACCACCACCGACUCAUCAAGAAGCGUCACCACCGACUCGUCAAGAAGCACCACGAACUCAUCAAGAAGCACCACCACCGACUCAUCAAGAAGCACCACCACCGACUCGUCAAGAAGUAGAGUUUUUUGGUGGUUCGGUCACGAUGGGUGCUGCUCCUUCCCCAAGACACGUACCGAUUCCCAUGUUUUGUGUUAGAGAGAAGAUCAAAGAGUCCUCGAAGCUGAUCAAGACUUGA